AAGAGAAGUGCAUUAUAUAUAAUAUAUUUAUAUAUUUAUAUAAUAUAGUGGGAACAAAAGUAAAACCUGCAAGCAAAGGAUCAUUUAAUUUCUUAUGAUAUGUUUGAUAUGUAUAAAGCAGAAGAUAUCAGUAAUGGAUCUUGUUGGAACAAAACUAAAAAGUUUGUGGUGGAGGAAUUUGAAGUAACAUUUUACUUUAAAUCCAUAAAAGAACCUGUACCUUAAAAUACUUGUUGAAUUUAGCAAAUCUCUUGUACUUCCAUUGGAUCUACUCUGCUAGCUACAAUCACUAUUUCUCAGCGACAAUAAAUUUCCAGUUUCAGUCCACAACUUCUCUAUCUCUCUGUCGAUCAGAGCAUUCUAGUCAUUAGACAGAGGAUUGCCCAAAAAAAAAAAAAAAAAAGGAAAAAAAAAAAAAGAGGACAAGAGAAAAAAGCAGCCAUGAAAAUUCAGCUGUUGCCAAAGAUGCUGAAAGAUGUUUGGGAUGACUGGGGAAUUGAACUGCUAAUAGCAGUGAGCUGUGGCAUGCAUAUGGUGCUCACUCUGUUUGGCAGCAGUAGAAGGCGCAUGCAAGCACGAAAAGUGUCGUUGAGAUUCAUAAUGUGGUCUGCCUACCUCCUCUCAACUUACGUUGCUACUGUCAUCAUAGGUAAGCUCACUGUCAUACCCGUCAGUGAUUACGAGGAAGAGGUCACCGAUAGCGAAUUGAGGGGCUUCAUAGCACCAUUGCUUCUCGUGCAACUAGGAAGCCAUGAUGCUAUCACUGCCUACUCAAUCGAAGAUAAUCGAUUGGGAGUCAGGCAAAUUGUCAGCCUGGUUGCCCAGUCAAGUUCUGUGGUUUGGAUUCUUCUUAGGUGCUGGACGUAUUCUGCCAUUUCAUAUCUGUAUCUGCCACUAGCACUGGCUGGAUUCAUAAAGUAUGGAGAGACUACAUGGGCUCUGUCCACAGCACUAACUGGGAAAUCCGGCGUUACCAUCUCUGAAUUACGACAAGAUCCUAAAUAUCUUUCCGAGAUUUUCAAGAACGUGGGUGAUGAUCCCGAUCUAGAAUUGAUCUUGAGAGCCUAUUGUCGGUUUUACUUCGUAAAACCCCACAUUGAUAGAUGGCUUUACAAGCCUUUGUACGAGUCUAAUUUGAAGUGGUAUUCCAUUGAUGAACAUCAUAAAAAUCCAGAGGACAUGUUCAGAAUCACAGAUUUGGAAUUGGGUUUCAUCUAUGAUGUGCUGUACACAAAAGCUCCAAUCAUUUAUACCUGGACGGGUUUUGUUUUUCGUCUCGUUAGUACUCUAUGUUUGGUUUCCUCCUCGGUUGUAUUUGCUUGUUUGUUUAGAGAUUCCUUCGUAUUUUACAUAAAUGCAGGGGUGAUUUUUGUGGUUCUUGGGGUGAUUAUCACUCUAGAGGCUUAUCAGAUCUACAUGCUGUUCUUGUCUGACUGGGCAAUAAUAACGUUGAUCGAACACCGCAACAAGCCGGGCGUUAAGAGGUUGUUGAAUGCUCUAGUUCGUCGAUCAAGAAAAUGGAAAAGGUGGUCCAACACAAUGGGACAAUUCAACUUGAUACGCUACUGCCUUGACUAUGAUCGUCUCCGUUGCGGUAGAUUCCUCAAGUUCAAGGGCUUGGACAUAGAGAUCAGGAAGUAUUUCUGCACAAACAGUGUGGGAAUUCCUUCAGCCUUGAAAGAAAUGAUGAUAGAUGAAAUGGCAAAGCUGAACAACAAAAAACAAGAAGUGAAAAGGCUGAAAAAAGAGAAAAAAAAAUCGAGUUAUAUUGGCAGGAUAGGUGAAUUUGCACUGAACAUUCAUAAUAUCAUCCUCCCUGAAUCUGCGGAAUCGUUCAAUUGGUGUGUGGGAGCUGUCGCGGAUUUCGACAAGAGCAUCGUCGUUUGGCAUCUUGCAACCGAGAUUUGCUACCAUUCAGAAACAGGAAAACAACAUCCACACCCGAAAACAGAGAUGGGAAGAAUACUGUCAAACUACAUGAUGUAUCUUCUUAUAAUGCGAUCCGACAUGCUGUCCAUCACCACCUCAGAUAUAGUAUUCCUGCAUGCAUCCCAGCAACUCAGGGUGGUUCUGAAAACUGGAAAAUACACUUUGAUAAGAGAUGAAAAAACAGCAUGCGAGGAGUUGAAGACGCGAAACCUUGCGGUAGGACCGGAGUCUGCUGAAACUGAACCGACCAUGGUUACUAAGGACUGGGAUGUACUAGGGGAUGCCAAAAUGCUGAGUGAGAAACUUUCACAAAAUGAGAACGCAUGGGAUUUGAUAUGCAGUGUGUGGAUGGACAUGCUUUGCUUCGCGGCGACUAAUUGUGGGACCAACCGUCAUUUGUUGCAUCUCCGGCGAGGAGGUGAGAUUGUCACUCACAUCUGGCUUCUCCAACGCCACAAUAGAGACGAAGAACAUCCAAGCAGCAAGGAUAAAUCUCUUAUGGGUGACACAAACAGAGCAUGAAGUAUUCAUUCAUCUUCCAGCUAGCAUGUAACAUUUUUCAAGGGGAUUUAUUUUUACCAAUAAUUUGUAUUUCAUUAAUUUGUAUUUUCUAUCGAAGCAGUCACUGAUGUUGUGUGGCAUAUUUGAUUAAUUUGUAUUUUCUAUGAUUUAUGAUAUGUUGAUACUGGUUCAAGUUUGUCCUGUUUAGGGGGUUUGGGAACCAAAUUACCCACAAUAAAUGCAGCUUUUUAAUAGAAUUGCCAACAUUAAUUCUCCUCUAUUA